AUGGCUAGAUCUUUCUCUCCGUCACUUUCUCUCUCUAAGUGCCGAUUCGCCGCAGCUUCUCUCCUCCCUUCGUCUCAAACCAUCUUCUUCCGAUCUCAAUCCUCGAAUCGCCGGUCUAACUCCAUCGGUGAACUUUACGAGAUCGAUACCGGAGCUUUGCAAUCGCAAUCGCAAUCUGAUCCUCUUAUUCAGAAGCUAGAAGAUGCUGUACACCGGAUUAUGGUACGCCGAUCCGCACCUGAUUGGCUCCCUUUUGUUCCCGGUGGUUCGUAUUGGGUCCCACCACCUAGAUCACAGACUCAUGGAAUCGCUAAGCUUGUUGAGAAGCUAGCGAAUCCGAUUUCUGAUGAAGAAUCUAUCUCAAUCUCAUCGGCUCGUGGAUGGCCUUCCUCUGAUUACUUCAUCAAAGGUGUACAGCCUCAAUCAAUGGAGACGGAGAUGGCUUCAAAUACCGCAUCUCACGAUGAGGACGAGGAAGGGUAA